ACAUUUUUUUAUAUUUCUACCUAUUCCAAUCGUGUAUAAAAUAAAGUUUAUAAUACAACUUUGUGACUAUUUUUAGUGUCAAAAAUAAAUAUUUACAAUUUUGAAGCCCUUCUAAGAAUCUUUUGCAUGCCCUUUAGUUUUGCACUGACUUCAAGUAAUCAAAAAAAAACGUAUGGAGUAUGUUUAAACAUAAAUUCUAUUGAAUUUUUUUUCUUUGCUCAAAAUAUGAUACGUCUAUUUCCUUGAGCAUUGUCUGUGAAACCACUAAAUAUAAUAUGCGACCAUAAUUUAAUUACUCUAAAGCAAUUCACCGAAUGUCAAUCAGACUGAACCACUUAUUCAUGCUAAAAUACGUUGUGGGUGUUUUCCAGAUUUCUUCCAUUUAUUUUUUCGUACUUCUUGGAUAAUGGUACUACUUUUCUAUAUUUUAUUUUCUCUCAUGAUGUUUACUGCUCUAUGUAUUUCUUUAAUACUGAUGAUUUCAGUGUACACUUACAAACGAAAAGAUCAACUGCCAGUUGUCUACAUUUAUUUAAUGAUUGCAUGUAGUAUAGGAUGCUGUUUUGUGGAAUUUCAAAGCGAUAUAAUUCCUUACUUUAUGAAACGGAAAGCAUAUAUGUGGAUGUACAGUAAUCUAGGAGAAUCUUUUACAUUAUUUGAUACAUUUGUGUAUAUUUAUCCGAUGUUUCUCACAGUUUUGAUGGUUUCCGAAAGAAUAUAUUGUAUCCUUUAUCCAUUUGGAAAAGCAUUUACAAACAAAAAACUUUGGUGUUAUUGUUUUCUCAUAGCUAUAGUUCUUCUUUCAAUUUUACUAAUACCAUUCUUUGGUGGAUGUGCUGACAACUACUCGUUUUAUGAUUUUGAUUACACUUCCGAAUGUGAACCUGACAAUCAUAUUGUAACAUAUAUAAUUGAUAACUAUUCAAGAUUGUUUCCAGUCCUUUGUCUCUUUUUAAAUAUUGGAAUAAUCUUAUAUUUAUCCAAGCGAAGAAAGAAAAUGGAAAAUCCAGCAAUGAAAAAACUGAGAACACGUCAGAGCCAUGAUAGAACACUGCUUAUUCAAUCAAUUGCGGCGACCAUUUUUCUGUUGAUUUAUGAGAUAAUGGAUACAUUAACGGAUUUUUUCAGUGAUUACUUUGAUGCUCUUCCCACAUUCACACAAAGAGUAAUAUAUUAUCUUCAAGCUGGUAUCGUUGCUUAUACUGGUUUCUUUAUAUACUUUGUAUGUACAUCGUCAACGCGUCAAAUAGUAAUUGAGCAGGUUGCUCGUUUAUUCGGUAGAAAGAGGAUGCAACAAGGAAGAACUGGGCUCAGUAUUAGAGACGUCUCUACAUUUUGA